CUCCAGCUACACCAUGUGAACCCUACCCACAUAUAUGCCGCCUUGUUAGAUCCGAAUGUUCAUCUCAUCAAUUCGAGAAUUCGUAUGGUAGUCAACAAGGUCAGGUCAUGUGACUUCGCGACAGACGCAAAAAGAAAAGUGGCGGCUCGUGCGACUCGUGACGCAUUCGCCGCCACAGUCGAUCUGCUCGAGUAAGAUCGAGAUGUCUUUUCGGCGCCAGCCAUGAAAGGUAGAAUAACGAGCCGCUGGACUUCCGGCGCAGAGUGGUCGUCCUACCUGAAUUCAACGUCCAACGUCUCGAUCUUCGCAGGCCCAGUGCGACGAGACACGCCCAUCAGACCUUUUUCGAUUCUCUUGAGCAGGGGCUUUUCUAGUACUCCCAGUAAGAAGCAGACCUUUAAUCUCUCGGCGCCAAUCAGUUUGGGUCGGAUCUCCCAGGCUGAUGGGUUCUGUCAACCAUUGAAUAGAGUGUCUGUCAGGAAUGGCAAAUAUCACGCUCAGUGUCCCUCAGUCAGGUAUUUCUCUUGUUCAAAGGUUCCUAUGAGAGAGAAUCGGUCCAAGUCAACAAUGCCUCUCACGAACGGGAGUCAAUCCCACCGGGCUUUCAUUGCUCUAGGGAGCAACGUUGGUGAUCGUAUUGAAACGAUUGAAAAGGCACUUCUCGAACUGGACCGGGCCGGUAUCAGAGUAAAAAGAACCAGUUCUCUGUUCGAGACCGCACCUAUGUAUGUCCUUGACCAGGAGCCAUUUAUUAAUGGUGUUUGCGAGGUUGAAACAACCAUGGAGCCAAUCGAACUUUUGGAUACGCUCCAAGCCAUUGAGACGGGCCUGGGGCGCUACAAGACGAUUGACAAGGGGCCACGGUCUAUCGAUCUCGAUAUUCUGCUGUAUGGCAAUGACAUCGUAUCCCAUCCGCGUCUCAAGAUCCCCCACGCCUUGAUGCUGGAGCGGGAGUUCGUCCUUAGACCACUCUGCCAGUUGAUUCCUCAUGAGCGACCUCCUCUCCCAGGGGAGAAUUUAACUUAUCUCUCCUACCUGAACUCUCUACCUCCGUCAGAGACGCCUCCCGCUCUCACGUCGCCAAUCUCCUCCUCGUUCCCAUCUUUACAUCCUUCGGAUCCGAAGCGCCGCACUCAUGUUAUGGCUAUUCUGAACAUGACUCCCGAUUCCUUCUCCGACGGUGGAUUGCAUUCGCCCGAUGACUUCUCUGCUUUAACUGCAACAGUGCGCAGAUUCAUCGCAGCUGGAGCUACCAUGAUUGACAUUGGGGGUGAGAGCACUCGCCCUGGCUCUGCUCCUGUGGGUGAGGAAGAAGAACUAGCCCGCGUCAUUCCCGCUAUUCGUCACAUCCGUACCUCUAUCCCUGAAGCCCGCAACGUUGCUAUUAGUAUCGACACAUACCGUGCUCGUGUGGCUGCCGAGGCUUGCGCCGCCGGUGCAGAUAUCAUCAACGAUAUCUCCGCGGGAACUCUAGAUCCUGAGAUGCUACCUACAAUGGCCAAGACUGGCAAGUCAGUUAUCCUGAUGCACAUGCGUGGCGAUCCCUCGACCAUGACCAAACUGAUAGACUAUCCUGGGGGCAUCAUCCAAGGCGUAGGAUCGGAACUUCUGGAGCGUGUCCGUGCCGCUGAAAACGCAGGCGUGCGUCGUUGGCGCAUUAUUCUCGACCCAGGGGUCGGAUUUGCGAAGAACCAAUCCCAGAACCUCACGUUGCUCCGAGACAUGCAACAACUGAGAACCAACGUCGAAGGACUGGAAUGCUUUCCUUGGCUCGUAGGUACGAGUCGGAAGGGAUUCAUUGGGCGGAUCACCGGUGUGGAAAAGGCCAGCGACCGAGGAUGGGGCACAGCUGCCGCAGUCACUGCCAGCGUCGCAAGCGGCGCAGAUAUUGCGCGAGUACAUGAUGUCCCAGAGAUGUGCCAGGUGGUGAAAAUGGCUGAUGCCAUUUACAGAGUUUAGAUGAAUAGUCUUUAUAUUCUGCACUGUGCUACAUAUAUAGAGGUUGGCUUUUGUAUGAAUAUGUAUGAUGUGCAUGAGAUACAUGUAAAUAAAAAAAAAAGUUGGAGAAGUAGCUCGUCCUCUGGGCCAUUUGUUACGUAGAUCAAACUGAUAUUGACCUUUCCCGAAUAUAUAUAUAUGUAAUAGAGAACUUGGUAACUAUCUGAGGAAAAGAACCAAUGUUUUGUGAUCAGACCAAUCAGAUCCCCUCAGAUGCAGACGCCGCGUCUCUGGCCUUCUUAUUCACUUAUAUUCAGGUAGUGCCGCAGUAUAAUUGCACAGAAUUACCACCUGGUGCAGGAAGCAGCAGUAGGCAGGGUGAGCAGGUUGACGGUGACUGAAAGGUCGAAAUGAAAU